CAUGACUAGUGUCUGGAUUCUGCCACCAAAACAAGAAUUUACAUGACCAGAGUGUCAGAACCCUGACAGUCAGAGCAUGCACUGCAAACAAGUCUGACUUAUUGUCGGCAAUGCGAACCGAACUCCUACUCUGUUCAUACAUUUUUUUAAGAUAAAUAUAAUGGAAAAUACUGUAAAUUUCCUUGCUCUGUUAAACAGCACUUGGGAAAUAUCUAAAAGAGAAUGAUUCUCUCUUCAGCUGUCUGUCUUUCAAUACAUCCCCUUCUCCCUUUCCUCUCGUAUUCCCCUGUUGCAGUCAUUGUACACAAAGACACUAGACUUCUGUUCACGCUUCUCCAGAGCACCAAAAGAUCUCUCUCUGCCUGCCAAAAUGACACAGAUUCUCCAUUCCUCAGAGUAUUCCUGCUCUUUAUUCUCAAACAGUGAUAAAAAACGCUCUUAACAAACUGUUGAGUAACACGAUGUCCGACUUCCCAAGCGCUCACUGAAAAGAACGAUCCAUCAGCGCCUAAAACCAAACUAACUUGGUGUAAAGCAGAGACAGUGAGAUCUUUCUCACACCCCGUUUCUCACACAAUGCCUGAAUGGGAGCUUAUGGAGGGCUAGACUGAAGGAAAGGAGGAGGGGAUUCUUUUCACUUCUUCAAAUCCAACAAUAGUCUUUGUCUACAGUGCUCCUCCAUUCUUAUUGGGGUUACUGAACGGGACGGGGUGGAGGGGCUGUUCGCCAUAGUAACAGUGACAAAACAAGGGAAAGAAAAAAAAAGAGGCGCACAAAAAGAAACAUGCUGCAGACUCGGGGAAGGAACCUCUACAGUUUAUCGAUCUCUGCGUUUAUAGCUGAUGGAGACCAAGAGUUGCGUGAAGGAAUGGAUGCAGAUUUACAAGGGGAGUAAUUAGAAAUAUUACAGUGCUGCAUGUAUAAAUAUUUCUUCGUCUGGACUAUAAAUCACUUUUGAGACUUUUGCGAUAUUCAUUUGGAGACAUUUGGGAUAUUUCUUGAUCUGGACUCGCUCAUUUUGCGACAUUUGGGAUAUUUCUUGAUCUGGACUCGCUCAUUUUGCGACAUUUGGGAUAUUUCUUGGUCUAGAUUCAUUCAUUUUGUGACAUUUGGGAUAUUUCUUGGUCUAAACUCAUUCAUUUGGAAACAUUUGGGAUAUUUCUUGAUCUGGACUCAUUCAUUUGGAAACAUUUGGGAAAUUUCUGGGUUUAAACUCAUUCAUUUGGAGACAUUUGGGAAAUUUCUUGAUUUGGACUCGCUCAUUUUGCGACAUUUGGGAUAUUUCUUGGUCUAGAUUCAUUCAUUUUGAGACAUUUGGGAAAUUUCUUGGUCUAGAUUCAUUCAUUUUGAGACAUUUGGGAAAUUUCUUGGUCUGGACUCGCUCAUUUUGAGACAUUUGGGAAAUUUCUUGGUCUGGACUCGCUCAUUUUGAGACAUUUUGGUUAUUUUCUUGAUCUAAACUCGCUCAUUUUGAGACAUUUUGGUUAAUUUCUUGAUCUAAACUCGCUCAUUUUGAGACAUUUUGGUUAAUUUCUUGGUCUAAACUCGCUCAUUUUGAGACAUUUGGGAAAUUUCUUGAUCUGGACUCACUCAUUUUGAGACAUUUUGGUUAUUUCUUGGUCUGGACUCGCUCAUUUUGAGACAUUUUGGUAAAUUUCUUGGUCUGGAUUCGCUCAUUUUAAAACAUUUGGGAUAUUCAUUUGAGACCUUUGUGGAUAUUUCUCAGUCUAGACUUUAAAUCCCUCAUUUAAGACUUUUUGGGAUAUUUCUCUUUUCUGGACUAUUAUAAUGAGUUCUGACAUGCAGUAUGAGGAUUCAGUCUCCAUCAUGGUUUUGGAGAACAUUAAGAAUAAGCUUCUACACGCUUUUAGGACGUCAUCAGAGCCCCAAAAUCCUGCAGAAACGGUCACCCAUUCCGUAGGAAAGAGCUUACAGGUGAAUGAAGAGCUCCGGAGAGCCAAAAUAGAUGGAGCCAUCACUUGGUUAAGAACUGAACUGCUGGAGAUGCGCUCUCAGGACCGGCAGCUCGCUCAGACUCUGCUGGGGCUCAAUAAGGAGAUUCAGAGGCUCAGACGGGAGAGCGGAUCCCUGCUACUAGAAGAGGACACGGAAAACCUGUGACCCAGCGUUAUGGACCCUUUUCACAAUUCCAGGUCUCUCAGCAGCGGAAGUCAUCAUAAUUGGCUAAAGUUAGAGUGCCGUGAAUGGGAGAGUACAACAGAUCAUUUUUUACAAUCCUAAUUAAUCAAAGAAAAACUCCAGACUUCCAGAAGAAGGAAAACAACAGUGCGAGACUGAUAACAGCAGAUAGAAGGGAGAUGAUGACACAUUUACUGUCCUUCAUCCAUAGACACUGCAUUAGAAACACCUCACAUUAGCAAUCAUUUAUUUGUUUGUAUUUUGAUUUAAAGAUGACUUAAUACCGUGGUUCUCAACUGGUUUUGCCAUAGGAGCCACAUUUUGACAUGGUGAUCAUGCUGCGACCCAGAUUUUUAGGAAUUAUAAUAUAAUUUUAGGAAUUAUAAUUUACUUGUAUUUAUUCGUUAACAUGCACAAGUAGUGGCCAAUAAAUCAAAAUGUAUCAAAUUAUAGUAAUAUUACAGAGUAAAAACGUCAAAUACUGUAAACAGCGGUCAGGGAAAGGAAAAGUUCAGUCACCAUUAACUAAACUGAACAGUUAAUAAAACAUUAACACAUGAUCCUGUCGAACUGAACAAGCCAGCAAAUUAAAGUAAAGUGAUUAAAAUAA